UUGAAAUAUCGGGUUCUUAAUGUGAACGAAAUGUUUAGUUUGUUGAUAUACUAUGUCGGUGGUUGUUUGCUAAUAAUUUUCCAUUGUUCAUUGACUGUCGAUGGUUCAAACGACACAACUUCGUACACAGACUCAGAUGAAUCCAAUAGUUUUAUAGUCAGUGCCAAUUAUGGAAUAGAAUCACAGGAUUCCAAAUCACCCUACCCCGAGUAUCAAGACAACUCACACAAUUAUUCUCAAUAUGAUCACUACUACAGCGACCAAGAACAAUACGAAACUCUGCCUUCAGCAAGUCACUGGCAUGGAAUACCUCAAAAUUAUAAUAUCAGAUCAGAUUCAUCUUACGAGAAUCAACCUGAGACUACUACAUCAGAGUCUCCAUACCAAACAAGUAAAAACACUUACUAUACAGAAUCCUUCAAUACAGAUGAUGUUAUGAUGCCUGUAGAUUAUAACUCUUACAGUUCAACCCCUAUUAAUCAUGAAAAAUCCUUUGUAUCUAGUGAAAACAAACCUGAUGAUGUAGUUCAUGGAAGCAGCAACAUCCAGCAUCAAAAAAUCUGGCCCAAAAGUUUCGAAGAAUCGUAUGAAGAUUCACACAAACCAAGCAUUACAGAGCUUGAGUCUAUCAUUAAAAAGCUCAUAACAAGUUCAACAAAAUUACAUCAAGUUGUUAAAGUACCUGCUGUUUAUGAGAUCCAUCUCAAAGGAGAAGAAGAAAAUCCUGCAUCUCAAAGUAACUAUCAUGAGUUGGUCCAAAAUUCUGAAACAUCUCAAGUUCACUUUCCAUCAACGAGUCAUCAGGAUGAGUUAAAUUAUGGUUAUGUUUCUGAAAAAACAAAUACUAAAAUACCUCUUAAUUCUGUGAGUACACAAAUAUUGUUACCACAAGCUUGGAAAUCUACUCAGCUCCUCAAAAGGCCAAAAAUUUUGAAAGUGCCUUCAAAGUAUAUUCGAGGAAACAGGCAGACUAUCAAGCCUUGGGCAAGUAACUAUGACAAUGGUUUAACUGAAAUCCCAUCACCAGUUUUAGGGAAAUAUCCUUAUUAUAAACCAUAUUUUUUCAAUCAAUGGAGAGCAAACAAUAUCCCUAAAAGCUCUUGGUCAAUUAAAACACCUCUAAAUUCAUACGUAUCACCAAGCUAUAGUGGGAAAAUUAAUCUUCCUAUAGUACCUGCUUCUACUUCAGUAAGUUUAUUAAGUAGUCUGAAACAUCAUUCUCCAGAUAUUAAACCUGAUCUAAGUUUAUACUAUGCCAAGAAGAACGAACUCCAGAAUCAAGGUUUGGGAGUUAAACCAUCCUGGUACUCUAACAGUUAUAGAAGAAAUGGUUUUAGACAAAACUUUUUGAAGAAUCAGAAAGGUCUUAAAGGAACAAAAAAACAUAGAAGAAGUGAUAGUGGCUUUCCUCUACCAAUUAAUAAUUUGAAUUAUCUGAUUCAUGUUAGAGAAAAGCCUGAGCAUAAAAAAUUUAUACCUGUUUCAACGAAAGUACAUCAAGUUGUUAAAGUACCUGCUGUUUAUGAGAUCCAUCUCAAAGGUGAAGAAGAAAAGUCUGUAUCUCAAAGUAACUAUCAUGAGUUGGUCCAAAAUUCUGAAACAUCUCAAGUUCACUUUCCAUCUACGAGUCAUCAGGAUGAGUUAAAUUAUGGUUAUGUUUCUGAAAAAACAAAUACUAAAAUACCUCUUAAUUCUGUGAGUAACCAAAUAUUGUUACCACAAGCUUGGAAAUCUACUCAGCUCCUCAAAAGGCCAAAAAUUUUGAAAGUGCCUUCAAAGUAUAUUCGAGGAAACAGGCAGACUAUCAAGCCUUGGGCAAGUAACUAUGACAAUGGUUUAACUGAAAUCCCAUCACCAGUUUUAGGGAAAUAUCCUUAUUAUAAACCAUAUUUUUUCAAUCAAUGGAGAGCAAACAAUAUCCCUAAAAGCUCUUGGUCAAUUAAAACACCUCUAAAUUCAUACGUAUCACCAAGCUAUAGUGGGAAAAUUAAUCUUCCUAUAGUACCUGCUUCUACUUCAGUAAGUUUAUUAAGUAGUCUGAAACAUCAUUCUCUAGAUAUUAAACCUGAUCUAAGUUUAUACUAUGCCAAGAAGAACGAACUCCAGAAUCAAGGUUUGGGAGUUAAACCAUCCUGGUACUCUAACAGUUAUAGAAGAAAUGGUUUUAGACAAAACUUUUUGAAGAAUCAGAAAGGUCUUAAAGGAACAAAAAAACAUAGAAGAAGUGAUAGUGGCUUUCCUCUACCAAUUAGUAGUUUGAAUUAUUUGAUUCAUGUUAGAGAAAAGCCUGAGCAUAACAAAUUUAUACCUGUGUAA